GCUCCACGUGUGUUGCCCUUCCACAGGUCAGACUCGGCUCGACCCUGAAGCUGCUCCGUCGGCGCGCAGCCUGCUCCGCGGCCGCAUCCACCGACCAGAGCACCAGAGGGUACACCGCCCGCUCGUCUCCUCCAGCCCCCCCUCCCGACCGCCGGCGAUGAGCGGCGGACUUCCGGGUUUCCACAAUGCGCCGGUGUCGAGGGCCGUGGUCGUCGCCGCCGCGCUCUUCUCCGUCCCGUUCGGCCUCCGCUCCCGCUUCCUCGACCUAGGCCUGUCCCACCAGAAUCUUUACGAAAAUCUGCGGAUAUGGAGGGUGAUUGCCUCGUUGUUUGCCUUCUCGUCAUCGCCUGAGCUCAUCUUUGGGGUGGCCUUGCUCUACUACUUCAGGGUGUUCGAGCGUCAGAUAGGUUCAAACAAGUAUGCUGUGUUCAUAGUCUUCUCCAUGACGGUGUCUGUACUGCUUCAGAUCCUAGCUUUAGGUUAUCUGAAAGAUCCAUCUUUCAAUCCAUUAACAUCUGGACCAUAUGGCCUCAUAUUUGCAUCUUAUGUACCCUUCUUCUUUGACAUUCCCAUCUCAACAAAGUUUCGCAUAUUUGGACUGCAAUUAUGUGACAAGUCAUUCGUAUAUUUGGCAGGGCUCCAGCUUCUUUUCUCAUCUGGAAGACGUUCUGUUAUACCUGGACUGUCUGGUAUAUUGGCUGGGCUUUUGUACCGUCUGAAUAUAUUUGGUAUCCGCAGGCUAAAGGUCCCAGAGUAUGUAACUUCAUUGUUUUCACGGUUAUCAUGGCCCUUCUCUAACAACUCUUAUCAAAGAUUGCCAAUUGCAACAACUGAUGAGAACAUUCCUCAUCGCCAGACUCAUCAAAUGCAGGGCACGCACACAACUACCCCAGAUCCAACGGAGUCGUCAAUUGUCACGCUUGUUUCCAUGGGUUUUGACCCUGCUUCUGCAAUUCAGGCUCUUGCACUGACAAAUAAUGACGUAAAUUUAGCCUCGAACAUCCUGCUUGAAGCACAAUCGACAUAGAAACAACAUCCCAGGCUGAAGACCGAUACUUUGUAAAUGUGAAGCAUGUAGUUAACGUAUUCUUCUGGUUCAGACUAUUUUCAGGAUUUGUUAAUUUGAAAACUACAUUCCACGUAAGUUAGAACAUGGAAAAACAACGCAUGGGAACUCCCUGCUAGACUGGUGCGUUGUGUAAUAUAUCUCUGUUUGGGAACUCAGCUAUACUGCAAAUGAGUUAUGCAUAGCAUAAAAAAUGCAUCCUCCUA